AUGCCGCCGGCCAACAUCACCAUCCGCCCCGGCACGGCCGCCGACGCCGACGCCAUCAGCCAGGUGCACUACGAGGCGCUGGACCAGUUCCACGAGUUUUACGGGGCGUUUUUCAAGAAGCACCCGCGGGAGAUGCUGCCCCUGAUGACGGCGCAGGCGUUUGCCAAAAAGGAGCCGGCGUGGGUGUUUUACGUGGCCGAGGAGGGGGACGACGUGGUGGGGUUUGUGCGGUACUGCUUCGAAGAGGCCAAGGACAGUGACGAGAAGAAGGAGAAGAAGGAAGAGGAGAAGGUUGAUGGGAAAGAGGAGGGGGAGAAGAAGAAGAAGAAGGAGGAGGAAUCGCCGUAUGCCUGCAAAGAAGAGCUGAAAGAGUUGUGGAAGGCGUUUAACGAUGCGCAGACCAAGGCGGAAGAGACGGUGGAAAAUGCGGCCAAGGGGCAGCGACACAUGUGGAUCCAGCAUCUCAUGAUUCGGCCCUCGCACCAGCGUCGGGGCAUCGGCCACGCGCUCCUCUCGACGGCGCUGCAGCAUGCCGACGAGCAGACGCUGCCGGCGGUGAUUGUGUCGUCGGCCGAGUCGGUCGCGCUGUACAGGAAGUUCGGAUUCGUCUCGCAGGGCAGCUUCCAGAUCGACAACGGGCACUGGGCGCGCGAGGUGGCGCGGGUGCAGCCGGGGCAGGCCAGCGAGAUGCUCGUGGAGCGGUACGACGGCGUGUUUGAGGUGGAGGAUGUGAUGGUGAGGGCGGCGUUGGGUAGAGAGUAUUAG